AUCGCGGAUCUUGCCUCUCUUGACCACUCUCUCUCUCUCCCUUUCUCCAAUAUUAUUACUUUUGAAAUUUCAUUUUAUAAAAACAAUUCCUUGAUAAAAUAUUAAAAAAUUAGAAAGAUCGUUUUUGUGUUCACAUGUGGUGUAUAAAUACAUAGAAGCCUCUUCAAUCCAACUCCAAAAGAGAAGCAUUUUCAAGAAGAAGUCUUAAAUUCUAAACAAAAAACAAAAGCAUAAAAAAUGGCUUCAUGGAAGAAAACAAUCGCAACACCAUUCAAGAAAGCGGCAACGUUCUUUAACCAACCGCAGCAAACGAACCGCCACGCAAACGCAAAGGCGAGAGAAGAACAUGAGAAACGAACGGUACAGGAGCUUCAAGGUGAUGUCAUGGCUUGUGGUUAUGAAGAUGUCCUCGUCAUGUGGUCAAUUCUUGACAAGUCAAACUCUUCAAACAACCUCUCUUCUUGAUUAGAAUGAGAAGGAAUCCGAAAUUUCUCUUUUUAUUUUCUCUCUUUUAUGUGUAUAGGAAUGUAUAAGCCCGUCAUGCCUCUCUUCUAUCUCCUUGUCUUUAUGUGGUCGUGGCUUUUCUAAAUUUAGAAUUUUAGUGAAUUUUUAUCCGAUGACUAGUUAAUUUGGAUUCGGAUGUUAUUAAUCCCUGUGAUGAUCUAUCUAAUUCACGGUGAGAUUUUUCAUUUUGGUUUGGAACAAAUGAAUGAAUACCUUUCAUGUUGUUGUUGGCCUUUAAUUCCGGUUUCAUUUGUGUACUUUUGUUUAUUGGAGCGGUUUACGGAACCAUAGAAUAAAAUAGUUAUCUAAUCACGUUGAAAUUAUAACCAUAAUGGUUUAAUACGAAAUAAAUAUAACUAGUGGAAAUUAACUAUCUAAUAAUUCGUUACAAGAUG